AUGACUCUGCUCGUUGUUGCUGCAGUCCUUAGUCUUGCGGCCGUUCACGUCGUACCGGGUUCAGCGCAGUCCACCGUUAUCGGCCAAUUCAAUGCGAAGAGUCUCACAUGGGAUGAUGUUACUCCAAACCCAUGUUUAGAAUCAGGCGCAACAGAUGAGGUUUGCACGCUAUUAAGGAAGGGUGGCCCCAAUAAUGCAACCUACGUGGCAGGGUUCACCAUUCUUGACAGGGAACACGUUAUAAACGUUGGUAUUGCAGAUAUUGGCACACAGCUCGAAGUUGAAGUGGAUGGCCGAAAGCUGUGGCUGGACGAGACUGUGCAGAUGACAAAUCUUAUGCAGAGUUGGCACUUCCCAUCGAGCGAUGGCAACGUGCUGAACGUCUCAUGGGAGCGUUACAACAACUAUCACGCCGCCCCGAGCGUCAACUUCACAGCAAGCAAGUUCCCUGUGGGGGCAAAGAUUGUGAAAGGGGGUCCCACAAACACAACAGUGUACAUGACUGGCUUCUCCUUCAUCUACAAGGAGCACCAGAUCCUGGUGGAGGUCAGCAAUGAUGGGUCAGGAAUUGUUGCGAGUGUGGAUGGGCAGGAGCUGAGGCUGGAUAAUGGGUGGUAUGAGGACAGCUGGUCUUACCUCUGCUCCACGGGAGGCAGUGUGUCUGUUCUGUGGCAGCUCUACAGACCGCUCCUGGGCAACACUGUGGAGAUUUCGACAGACGUGCUAAGGAUGAUGAUCUGGCUGGUGCCUGCCAGAAGCGAGAACCUGAAUGUCAAUGUGCCGCCCUACCUGAAUGCGGAGACCACAGUGCUGCAGGACAUCAAUGACACAGGGUACUUCCAGGGCAUGCUGGGAGAGACAUAUGACAGGUUCAUUGCUGGAGACGCCAUCAAAUCAACAGUAAACCCCAUGCACCUGCCCGACGACAACAAGUUCCACGGCCUGGGCACCCGAUCUCAGUACAAGAUGGACAGCUACUGGGACACCAACCAUACUUUCAACCUGUACAAUGCGACCAGCUACCCCGACGAGGUCCUGAAGCUGCGCGAGCAGAAGCACUUCCCCAUGCCGUCCGCCACAGUCUUCCAGGACGCUCUGAAUUACACCAACACUUACCCGCCCCAAGAGCUCAAGCAAAUAGAUGCUCGGAGGCUGGCCAUUGUGCUGGGAGUGCUGCUGUCUGCCCUGCUGCUUUCAUCUUGCCUGUGCUUUGUGGUGGGAUACCACCGCCACAACAUCCGCAAGGCCUUCCACCUGCCGAGGCAGCUCAGCGCUUCUCUGAAACUUCCGCUGCACUAUGAGCGCCACCAUGAUGAUGCGUCCAAGAAAUAG